UCUCUGCGAAAAAAAAAAAAAAAGGAACCAAAUUACGCUCGCUGCUCUGUAGGAACUUUUCCGGCGUCUUUUCGAAUUUCUCUCCGGGAACGUCCUCCCUACAAACGUCGGUGUCUGUUCUGAAUCUGUGGUUAAAAGGGGCGAGGGGGAGCCAAAUGGUCUUAUCUUUUGAGUUCCUCAAUGACGGUGAUUGAAGAUUCAUGAUUUUUCUCUUCAUAGCUUUCUCAAUUGGUGUACUUUGCUGAAAGCCACAAACUGGAAAAAGAAAAAGGAAAAAGGGUUUUUUUUCCCCCCUGUAAAAGCAAGAAAAAUCCUCUUUUUGUAGUUUCUCCUGAUCUGUAGUUGCCGAAUUUAAUGGCGGACUCGGACAACGAUUCCGGAGGUGGGAAUAACAGCAACUCCAACAGUGAGUUCUCGCCGAGAGAGCAAGACCGAUUCCUUCCCAUAGCCAACGUGAGUAGGAUCAUGAAGAAGGCACUCCCUGCCAACGCAAAGAUUUCCAAAGAUGCAAAGGAGACAGUCCAGGAGUGCGUAUCGGAGUUCAUAAGCUUUAUCACCGGUGAAGCUUCCGACAAGUGCCAGAGAGAGAAGCGGAAGACAAUCAACGGCGACGAUCUACUGUGGGCCAUGACUACUCUGGGAUUCGAAGAGUACGUGGAGCCCUUGAAGAUUUAUCUCCAGAAGUUUCGGGAGAUGGAGGGAGAGAAAAGCACUAUGGGUGGUCGUCUAGGUGAGAAGGACGGCUCCGGUGGUUCAGGUGCCGGAGGAUCAGCCGGCGGUGGCAAUGGCAGUGUUGUAGAUCCUGGGAGUGGUGGCGCCGGUUUCAACGGAGGUGGAAUGUAUGGUGGGAUGCAGUCGGCGAUGAUGAUGAUGGGGCGUCAUCAAGGACAGAUGUACGGUUCUGGACCUUAUCAUCAGAUGGCUGUGGGUGGAGGUGUUCCUAACCAAACCGGCUCCGCCAACUCCAUCAGUGGUGGUAGGACAAGGUAUGCCAAUGAUGGAUAGAUCGAAGGCUGGGAUUGUUUCUAUGGUGGUAUAGGUAACUUGUUUUCUACUGCUCUCUUUUUUUUAUGUGAAUUUUUCAGGGCCUUUAAGUCAUUAUAAAGUGGUUAAUUGGGACUAAUGAGGCUUUUUUAGGGAUUAGAGUUGUUAAUUUUUGUGGGAUUAAGGGGGGUUUGGAAUUUGUAAUUUAAGUGGAGAGGAGGGAGUAAGAGUAAUACUAAUAUGUAACAGCAACAGAGGGAAAGAAAAAAAUAUAUAUAUAUUGUGUAACAUAAAGAUUGUAACCUUCUAAUGAUGGCUUAGUUUCUUCUAUCUAAUAAUCUAAUUUAGAGGAACAUAGAUUCCUACUAUGUA